UAGCCCGCGAAAUUUUAAGUCACCUUACUUACAUAUACAUUAUGCAUGUACGGAUGUAUGUGUUCACACUUGCAUCACGUAGAUUUUGUUCGCCUGACCCACUAUAAAUUAUGACGCAACAGUCGGGACAACUUCAGUUAUUUAAGACUCACAGACUAGGUUAGAUGCGGAAUACUUAGCGCCAGCGAUACGGGGUAAAAACAAAUUGUAACUGCCACACAAAGUCGUUGCAACAAUUUCGUGCGAGUGUUGGUUUGUAGCGACGCCGCGAAGUGAAAUCAACAAACGAACUGUUGUAAAAAAGUGAAAGCUGUUUGCGUUUUCUUUGCCCGGAAGUGCUGCUGCGGAAAAGCCAAAGAAGAAAAAAAUAAAUAAAUAAACAUCAGAGUUUUACGCUCUUGAAAACGUGUAAUGUUUUAUACCGUUAUAUUUUUUAGCGUACUGAUUUUACUCUUUCUUCUCUGGGAUGUUAAGAAACCGCCGAAGUUUCCACCUGGACCAAAAUGGUAUCCAAUUGUCGGUUGCGCCCUGCAGAUCUCCGAAUUGAGAUUAAAAUGUGGAAUGUUUUGCAAAGUUGUUGACGAAUUAGCUAAGUACUAUAUAAAUCCGUAUGGAUUAUAUGGUCUAAAGAUCGGCAGAGACAAAGUUGUGAUCGCAUAUUACUGUGAUACCAUAAACGAAAUGAUGACUAAUGAGGAUCUAGAUGGCAAACCAGAUGGUAUAUUCUAUAGAAUGAGAACAUUUAAUUCGAAGAAGGGCAUAUUGGUGACGGAUGAGGACCUAUGGGUGGAUCAACGUCGUUUCAUAUUGCGACAUCUUAAAGAUUUUGGUUUUUCGCGUGCUGGGAUGGUGAAUAUUAUUCAACAUGAAGCCUCGUUUUUGUUGGAAGAAUUGAGGGAGAUCGUUAGCGAACAGGGUGGUAAACAGGCCGAAGUCUCCAUGCAUGAUUUGCUCAAAGUGAAUGUAUUAAAUACAUUGUGGUCCAUGAUGGCUAGUAAACGCUACAACCGCAAAAGUGCAGAGAUAACCGAUCUACUGACCAUGCUUUUUGAAUUAUUUCAAAACGUGGAUAUGGUAGGGGCGCUGUUCAGCCAUUUCCCCUUUAUUAGGUUUAUCGCACCAAACUAUUCGGGCUAUAACGCAUUCAUAGAAAAUCAUCAACGGAUUUAUACAUUUUUACGUAAAGAAGUUGAAAAUCAUCGCAAAACAUACGCAAACUUUGACAUGCCCCGCGAUUUGAUGGACAGUUAUUUGCGUGAAUUGGACAAUCCCAAGCGAGGCGAAUUUUUCAGUGAAGAGCAACUACUAGCUGUGUGCCUUGAUAUGUUCUUAGUCGGUUCUGAAACAACCAAUAAAAGUUUGGGUUUCGCCUUUUUACAUAUGGUCCGCAACCCAGAAAUACAAGAGAAGGCUUUUGCUGAGAUAAAGGAAAUGAUUGGCGUGGAUCGUUUACCGGAAUGGAGUGAUCGUGCAAAAUUACCAUAUUGUGAAUCUAUAGUUUUGGAGGCUGUACGUAUGUUUAUGGGUAACACCUUUGGUAUUCCCCAUCGGGCUCUGCGUGACACACGAUUGAGCGGGUUCACUAUUCCGAAAGAUACUAUGGUAAUCGCUUGUUUUCGAGGUAUGCUGAUGAAUUCGCAUGAUUUCCCUAACCCAAGUAAAUUUGACCCAGAACGUUAUUUAAUGGAUGGUAAAUUAAAAAUCCCAGAGGCCUACAAUCCUUUUGGAUUUGGACGGCACCGUUGCAUGGGUGACAUACUGGGUAGGCAGAAUCUGUUUGUGUUCAUAACGACAGUUAUCCAACACUUUCACUUUCUGCCACUACAAGGAGAAAUGCCUGAUGAUGAGCCUUUAGAUGGGGCAACAGCUGCAGUGAAACCUUUUAGUGCUUAUAUUGUCCCAAGACACCAUGACUAAAACUAUGUAAAGACCCAUUCCGUCACAUUUAUACACAAAAUUAUGACAUUAUUUUACGAGUAUUCGCAAUAUAAAUUAUGUAAACAUAUUUUGAAUGCGUAUGUUCAUUAUCAGUUUUGAGAGAAAUUAAAUUUAUUUUAAAAUGAACAAUAUUCACUUUGUUAUCUUAUUAUCUAUACUAAUAGGUAUAUGUAUGUAUUUUGAAUAAAAUGAAAAAUGGAAAACUCAUUAUUUUUUAUAUAUUUGUAUCAAUCAUUUUCAAAAUUAAAUAAGUACAAUCUUUUGGAUUCUUAUACCGAAUCGAAAUCGAUCGAAUCUACUAGUAUGAAAUAAAAAUCAACUUUUCAUUCGUCCUCCUUUUUAAAGCACUUUUAUUUAUUAAAUAUAUUACAUGAAAUUUUAAAAUUAUGAGAUUACCAAAUCAUUAAGGAAAUUAAUUACGAGAUUACAUACAUUGUUAAUAUAAAUUAAUGGG